CGGGGGUAAAAAAAUUUGGUUAUAGAUCCACCGAAGUGGGUAGCCUUAACCGGAUGUGUGGUAACAAGAAAAGCCCGAAAGCUAGUCCCGUCCCUGUCAGGGGAGAUGCCAACCAUCUCUCCUUUCUACGAACACGUUAUUGAUUUUAACUUAAAUCAUAUUUAAAGGAUUUCCUGUAUUGUAAUAUGCCCGGUGUGGGAUACUUGUAGCCGAGAUUUCUAGUUCUAGCCUUCUACACUGCAAAGCAUCGCAUUAGCCGUCUCCCAACCGCACUCACACCACAAUUGAAAUUGAAAUGCAACAAGCCGCCGUGACUGCUGCGGCUCCGUCUGUAUCGCCGCCUCCGCCGGAGUCGAAUGGCUCGGCUGCAGACGCCCCACCCAAGCAAGUUGCCAUGGCCCUGGAGCGGCUAGGGAAGGCGGGCCGACUGAUCGCGGACAUCAGACUCGGCGCUGAUCGCCUCCUGGAAGCCCUAUUCGUGGCCGCUCAGCUUCAGCACUCCUCCAAACCCGCGAGUUUGAUCCUCGAUGAAGAAGCUUCAAUGCGACAACACUUUCAAGACCUCCGCACUAUUGGCAGACAGUUGGAAGAUUCAGGUGUUCUGAAUGACGCACUUCGUUCACGUAGCAAUUCAUGGGGCCUCCAUAUGCCACUUGUUUGUCCAGAUGGUGCUGUUGUGGCUUAUGCAUGGAAGCGUCAACUUGCUGGUCAAGCUGGUGCAUCCGCGGUUGACAGGACCAGGUUAGCUCUAAAAGCAUUCACUGAUCAGAAAAGGCGAUUUUUCCCUCACCUGGAUAAUGGUUGCGAUGAGGGAUCACCAAUAAAGAAAAACUGUUCUCCAACAGCGAGCGAUCAAUAUGAUAUAAGUAACCUAAGAACAGUAUCUGAUAUUCUGACACAUCUGGAAAAAGCAAUUCCAAACAUGAAAGCUUUAACCUACCAACGCUUGGAUUGGUUGAAGCGGGCUUCCUCUUUGCCGUCACCUGCCCAUCAAAGUUCUGUUGAAUCACUGAAAAAUCACAACUUUCAUAUUAGGAGCAACUUAAGAUCAGGAUCAAAUGACAAUGCUGCUAGAGAAAAGAUUACAGUCAUUGAGUUGUUCAUUCCCUCUGUUCUCCGAGCUAUUGUGUCAAUACAUCCAGCUGGUUCAGUGGACCCUGAUGCUGUUGCUUUCUUUUCUCCAGAUGAGGGUGGAAGCUAUGUCCAUUCACGGGGGGUUUCAGUUCAUGAAGUUUAUAGGCUCAUCACGGAGCAUGCUGGUGUCGCUUUGCAGCAUUUCACAGGGGUGAAUGAAGAAACAGCUUUAUGUUCACUAUUGCUCUGGAUAUACAAUUACCAGUCUUUGUUCAGGAAAGUUUGCAGCAAAUGUAGCCGGCUACUCUUGAUGGAUAAACAGUCUGCGGUAUUGCUACCUCCUGUGAAGCGCUCUUUCACAAACAUUUCUGCGAUUAAGAUUCUAUCAAAAACUUCCUUGCCAGAGGAUAGGAAUGUAGAUUCAAACCAGGCUUUUCAUAUUAGCUGCUAUUCUGAGGAAGCAUAGACGGUCCAAUGAAUUCAUAGGCCCUAUUAUGAAGCAUUGAUAUGCUAAUUGAAAUUUCUUGCACAAGUAAACAUCUUUUCUAGAAAAGGCCAUCGACGGCGCAAAUGAGAUUCUCCAUCCAAUUAAUUAGUUGCAUUGGCUCUUUUAGUUAGGGAUUUUGGUGUUCCAGUCUUCUAGAUAAUCCAUGUAUCGUUUAUCAAGUGAUUUCGUAGGUGUAAACUGGUUAUACUUGUACUGUAUUAUGCUAGGUCUUGUUGCUGGUAUAAACUGGUAUAGAUUGUUUGUUAAACUGGUUAUAGUGUAUUUAAUCUAAACUGGUUUAAAGGAAUUCCCAUAU